AUCCCUCCUUGAACCUGAUCCACACUCAAACUCAAACGCACACGCGCGUGCGCACACGCACUCACACUGACAAAUGCAACGUCUGUGUUACGUGGUGAAGGGACACGCUCCUACAGUGUCAGAAGUGAAGGGAGUGGGGCUGGCUGAAGCAGAGAUUAGUCACUGCAGUGCCAGAGUGAAUGCAACAUUUUUCCUCAGAAUACACAACAAUAAACGGAUCACUGUUAACUCUACGGUUCUUGGACAGGAACAGAAACACGAAAAAGUAUGGCCGACUUUGACUAUCAGCACGACGAUGAUUCAAAUGAAACUUACGACUACAAUUAUGAACACACCAUCUGUGACAAGGAAACAGUCCGUUCCUUUGCCGGCGUCUUCCUUCCGGUCAUCUAUGCCCUGGCUCUGAUAGUUGGCCUGGCGGGAAACGCCUUGGUAGUGGUGGUUUACACGUCACGGCUGAAACUGCGAACCCUGACAGAUGUGUGCAUCCUCAACCUUGCCAUUUCAGACCUGCUGCUUCUCUUCACCCUGCCUUUCUGGGCGGCUGAUGCUGUCCACGGGUGGAUGCUGGGUACGGCAGCCUGCAAGCUCACAUCCUUCCUCUACAGCACCAACUUCAGCUGCGGCAUGCUGAUGCUUGCGUGCAUCAGCGUGGAUCGCUACCGCGCUGUAACCAAAAAUCCAACGGGCAGAGCUGGCACCGGAUCCCAAGUCAGGAGACAGUGGUCCCUGGUGUGCCUCAUGCUGUGGACUACAGCCAGCAUUCUCGGCCUUCCUGAACUUAUCUUCUCCACAGUGAAGCACACCCAUUACAGGAUUAGCUGCACAGCCAUCUACCCGCAUAGCAUGGCCCGACCUGCAAAGGCUUCCCUGGAGCUGCUUGAGGUGAUCCUCAGAUUUGUGAUACCUUUCCUGGUCAUGGUGGUGUGCUACUGCCGAGUGGGACUGGCGCUGAGUAAGGCCGUCGCGGUGCGACGAGAGAAAAAGUGGCGAGCCCUGCGUGUCCUCCUGGCUGUGGUGGCCGUAUUCCUGCUCACCCAGCUGCCCUACACGGUAGUCAAGCUUUGCCGAGCGAUGGACAUCAUUUACAUGCUCGUGACCGACUGUGAUGUCAGUAAGGGCUUGGAUCACGCUAUGCAGGUGACAGAAAGCCUGGCUCUCACCCACGCCUGCAUUAACCCGCUGUUGUACGCCUUCAUGGGGUCGUCCUUCAGGAGUCACGUUCUAAAGACUGCCAAGCACCUUGGACAGCGACUUGGGAGGCACCAGAGACACGUCAACGAGGAACCCGUGGAGAUUGCGCUCCAAGCGUGUAAUCAAACCCAAUCCCAGUCGGAUUCAGAAGAACAAGACACCAGCACCUUUACUAUUUAAGACUCAAAACAUGCGUCUAUUUUUUGUAAACUCUCAUACAAAAUUGCAUGUACACAGUAUAAAUAUAUUUACGUUCCCUUCCUAAUAUGCAAGACAGAUGCCCAUAAGCAUAAAUGUUAAUUCUUUGUUUAAUAAUUGUAUAUGUACAGUGAAUUUAUAUGCACUAACCAGCAAAGUAUUUUGUAUAAAUUAUGUAUUUUGUUAAAUAAAAGAAAGUUUUCAAUAGCAUGCA